AUGGAUCUAGAAGAUUGGGAAUUACUCCCCAAACACAACUACAAGGGUCUCGAUCUAGAUCUUGAUCUCGAUCAUGACGAGGCAGCGAUGAAGAUGAUCAGAAACACCGGAAAAAGCUUCGACAUGGAUUACUUCAUCUGCCCAGCACAAGACUCUGUCGAAAAAACAGAGCUUCAUCGAACAUCGAGCGUGGUCCCUACACAGCUCCUCCAAUUUCCCAUAACCUGGGAACCCGUAUCCACCGUGGACGACACAGAUCACAAGAAGAGCCCGGAUCCGGAUUUCUCGGAGCCAGACCCGGAGCUUUUGACGGACUCUGUUCCGUCUCCGAGACUAACCUUCAAAACAACGAAGGAAAACGAAUUUGCCGACAUGAAAAUAGACCUACCAGCUAGGUUCACAAGUCCUCAGAACAACGAUAAGAAACACUCAGAGUCAGAAGGAGGGUUAGGAGGAGAGUACUAUGAUGAGAUCAUGGGAUCAGAGGUUGAAGAAGAAGGUAGUGACUUGAGGAGCAAGAAAGAGAUUGAUUGGGAUGUAGAUAAUAAGAGCAUAGGUGACGAGAGAUUGAAUCUGUGGAAGAUGCGUCUUAAUGGGAUUGGAGCUAUGUGUUCAUUUGGUGUUGCAGCUGCUGCAGCCACCAUCUGUGUCUUGUUCCUUGGACACAACAAUAACAUAAAAGGUUGUCGGAACAAGAAGCAGAUUCUCAGGUUCCAGAUUUACUCUGAUGAUAAUAAGAGAAUGAAUGAAGUGGUGAAGCAUGCAACAAAGCUAAAUGAAGCAAUCUCUGUGAUGAAAGGUCUUCCGGUGGCAAGAGCUCAGAUAUCUUUUGGUGGAUACUACGAUGGACUUUAA